CUGCUGGGGAAAGCAUGACUGACAUAAUGUUUAAUUUUCGAACUGGAAAAUCCACUGUUUCAAAAAUAAUUUUAGAAUGCUGCAAUUGUUUGUGGGAUGUAUUAUACAAAGAUGUAUUAUUUACACCCACUGAAGAAGGAUGGAAAAUAUUGUCCUUUGAAUUUUUUGAUAAAUGGCAAAUGCCCAAUUGUGUAGGAGCGUUAGAUGGAGAACACGUUGUACAUCAAGCAUUUCCAAAUAGUGGUUCCAUCAACUACAAUUAUAAAGGCACACAUAGUACCAUUCUUUUGGCACUAUGUGAUGUCAAUUAUAAUUUUACAUGUGUUUAUAUUGGAAUGCCAGGUAGGUGUAGUUAUGGUGGAGUUUUGAGGGCUUCUGAAAUGGGUAGAAGGAUACUUCAGAAUAUUUUUAAUUUUCCUGAAGCUUCACCUAUAAGUGAACAUUUUAAAGACUGCCCUUAUUUCAUUGUGGCAGAUGAAGCUUUUCCACUCUUACCAAAUGUAAUAAGAAAUAAGACUAUAUCCCGGACGAGGAAAUAAAAAUUUACCUUUGAAAUCUACCAUUUUCAACUAUAGAUUGAACCGAGAAGAUGCAUAGAAAAUUGCUUUGGCAGUUUGGCAUAUUGGUAUCAAGGUGGCGUAUAUAUAGAAGGGUGAUAAUUGCUUCUGAGCCUACUGUGAUGAGUAUCAUCAAAGCAACAGUGGUUCUUCAUAAUUUAAUUUUAAAAAAAGAAACUGAGUCAGGUUUAUACACAUAUUACUUCCCUACAUGUUUUGGCGAAACUGAAAAAAUUGCAAACCGAAAUUCUGCCGGUUUAGUUCCUGUGGGUCAAAUGGGGACAAAUUUUUGCGACCAAAAUUCGAAAGAAAUUAGGUCAACAUUAACAGAUUACUUUGCCGCAGAGGGUAGUGUUCCAUUUCAGUAUGACAAUACAUAAUUUAAUUUUGUGAGAUGUAAUAACUAUUUAUCACAAAUAAUUAUAUUUCAUUAGAAU